UCUACUGUUAGGAAACAGGUAGAUACUUUAACCUUUUUGAGAGAAAGAGAGAGAGAGAGAGAGAGAGAGAGAGAGAGAGAGAGAGAGAGAGAGAGAGAGAGAGAGAGAGAGCGUGGAAAACCUACUAUAAUGAGCUCAUUCGACCCACAAGGACAAUCUCCCCCUCGCUGCAGCCCUCAGUUCCCCAACAUUGGGCAGGAGCCCCCAGAAAUGAGUCUGUAUGGCGACAACUACUACCAUCCGAGCAGCCUGCCCAGUCCCCAGAGGCCACCAAGUUAUGACCUUGGGGACUACAGCGGGGCCACCCCCAACCCUUACCUGUGGUUCAACAGCUCAGGGAUCAACAGCACUCCCUACCUGCCCGGGUCGGGUGCUGCACCAUUCGUUCCACAGCACUACGGCAUGCAGAGGCCCUUCCUGCCAGGCGGGCCAGGGCUAGGAGCUGCAGACCUGAGCUGGUUCUCCCUCCCCUCCCAGGAGGACCUGAUGAAGCUGGUGAGGCCACCCUACUCCUACUCUGCACUCAUCGCUAUGGCGAUCCACAGCGCCCACGAAAAGAGGCUCACCCUCAGCCAGAUCUACCAGUACGUGGCCGAUAACUUUCCCUUCUAUAACAAGAGCAAGGCGGGCUGGCAGAACUCCAUCCGUCACAAUCUGUCCCUCAACGACUGCUUCAAGAAGGUGCCCCGUGAUGAGGAUGAUCCAGGCAAGGGAAACUACUGGACCCUGGACCCCAACUGUGAGAAGAUGUUCGACAACGGGAACUUCCGUCGGAAGAGGAAAAGAAAGUCAGACUUAAACUCCAGCAGUGGCGGGGGGGUGCUGAAUUCUGAGAGGCCCGAAGGCAGCUCACUGGAGGAGGGUAGCCCCCUGAGAGGAGCCCCUCUGGAGGGGGGGAGCUCCCUAGAGGGGAGCCCCAAGGCACCUGAGGCUUUACUGGACAGCUCAGAGGCUGGGGCCCAGGACAGAGGGCCCUCCCCAUCAUCCUCCGUUACUGUUUCCUCCCCCUGCCUCAACAACUUCCUGUCCAGCAUGACGUCCUAUAUGAACAGUGGUUCCCCGACUCUGAGCAGGCCCACGGCACUAGGAUUCGGGAGCGAGAUUUCUCAGAGAGCAGGACAGACCAUGAGCGGCUUUGGGGCCUUCUCCCCCAACACCCCGAGCAUCCCUGGAGUCAGUGGGACAGAAUGGACGUCCCCAGCACCUCCCUCCUCACUCGGCUAUAGCAGCUCCGUCCUCAACCAGUUUAACAGCCACUUCUACCCCAGUCUGAGUUCCGGAGGGCUUCUCUACCCUAGGGAAGGCACAGAGGUGUAGAGGGAAGCAGACAGACAAAUGAAAGAAACUAGCACUUCUCUCUGUCUGCCUGCCUUCAACAUUUAAAAAAAAAAACAAAUGCAGGAAAAAAUAUGUAAUUGCAUUUUUUAUUUUACCCAAAGAUUAUAUAUAGAUGAAUAUUGGGGUUUUGUUUGGUAACAGUUUCUUAGCCCAUAUAAAAUCCAAUUAGGGGGGAUAUUGUAGAAUUGUAUGAGUUUAAAUUAAGGAGGUUGACCAAAGACAUUUCUGCCAACUAUCCUGUAGCAUUAUUUGUUCUGCAAGGUUACUGUCAGUUAAGGUUUUGAUACAGUAUAUUACUGUACUUUCAGCUGUCUAAAUCCCUCCAGACAGAGACUGUAUCAUGUAUUUAUUCAAGCAUGACAGUAAAUUCAUAGGUCUCAGAUGGAAUUAAUUUACAAGUGCCUCCAGCAUUUGUGGCAAAACGUUUAGUCAAAUUGACAAAGGCAUAAGUCAAAAUGUUUGUCUGCUCGACCUUCUAAGAAUUAAUUUAAUGUUCUGAAGUUAUGAAUGAAGCUUGCGUCUUUUUGUAGUAGGUUAUUAUAUUGUAAAAAAAAACAAAGCUAUGUUUACUCUUUAAAAUGUAUAUUUAAAAUGGUUCAGAUGUUUAGAAAGCUUGUAUAUAUAUAUAUGUGUGUAUUAGGUCUUGCAGAUUGAUGUAUUUUAGUCAUUGUUUUAAAAGUGCUGAGAACUGUUGUUGAGCAUUUGAGGGACAAGAUACUCUAUGAUUGAAAUAACACUGUGACACAACUUUUAUAAUUUUCUAUGUUAUUGAUGCGCUGUAAAUAUUAGCUGUUGUGGGCAAAGGGUAUAAUAUUUGUAAUAAAGUAUUUUUUAAACAGAAAAAAAA